GACAAGUAACACUGACAAAUUUGACAAUCAAACUGUCAUCGCAUUAUCUUUUGAGGAAAAAUGUUUUUGAAUAAAAUCAUUUUCAUCACGAAUUUAUCAGAUGAAAAGCGAAAGUUAUGAACUCAUUUUUUUUUAACCACUUGAACAACACUUCCCUACUCGAAUAUAUAAAUUGCACUUGGGAUACAUUUUGUGGUUAUUUCUUAAAUACAGUAUUUUUAAUAAGUGACGAGGAAACUUCAAAACUCUCGAUCAUAUUUGAAACUUUGUGGAAUUUGAAGGAUUUACAACAAACGAAUUGCGGAUCAGUUUAUGAAACCAGCUACAAUUAAAGCUAUAGAGGAACUAAAAGCGAGCGUUUCUAAAUUGAGAUUACCUAAGGAACAUUCCCCUAGAAUUUAAAAUGGCUGAUAAAAUCAAGAAGUUCUUCGCGAAGAAAAAACUAGAUGCCAAGUUCAAGUUAGCAGGGCCUGGACAUAAAUUGACGGAAUCGGCCAAUACUUCGAGCUCAUCUCUUAUGAGUAAAAUUAAAGGUAAUACAGUUGCCAAGAGACAGGAGCCUACCGAUGCUACGCGUCAAGCUGCAGAGGCUGCAUUAUUACGUAUGAGUGGCCAGAGAAAAGACACAGCUUUUAACACUUCUUUAGCUGCAAUUCAAGCUCAAGUGAGGAAAGAACUAGAAGCUGAAAAGAAGUCAAAAGUUGAAGAUGCUAUUCCACAUACAAGUAGUAACCCUGUGCAUUUAGAGGCGUCUCCUCACCUGGCUGUUAAUGGUGUAUAUUUUCGAUGUCCUUUAAUAAAUGAGGAUGUUUUAACGAAGGAUGAAUGGAGGGCUAAAGUGAGGGAAUUUCUGUUUCAACAACUGGAAGAAGAAAGAGGCCUGACUGCUUGUUUGAUUAUCCAUUCAUGUAAUUUUAAUAGAACAAAGGUUACAGAAUGUGUAGAUGUUCUAGUCAGAUAUUUGGAUAACAUAAUAGGCAACCCAUCAGAAACAAAGUUCCACAAAAUAAGAUGCUCGAAUGCUACCUUUAGGGAUAAGGUAUUACCUAUUCUAGGAGCUACAGAACUGCUCUUCGCAGCAGGUUUUCGUCCCACAAAAUUAGAAAAUAAUGGCAUUGAAGAGGACUUUUGGGUUUUCAAUCCCGAAAAUAUCGAGGGCUUCAAUGUGUUGGAAUUUUUGAGAGAAUCAUUGAAAUCUGCGGAUCGAGUCGAGUUGGAACUUGACAGAAACACUCAAGUUUUAUCGCCAGGGGAAGCGUUGAGGAGGAUAGAACUACCUUCUGAGUUUUAUGCACUGUCUGCAGAAGAAAUUAAAAGGGAACAGCAGCUGAAAAGUGAAGCAAUGGAAAAACAGAUGCAACUAAGAACGAAGGCUAUGAGAGAAAAGGAAGAACUGAGGGAAAUUAGGAAGUAUAAGUUUGCCUUGAUUCGUGUAAGAUUUCCAGAUGGGUUAUAUUUGCAGGGUACUUUCAGUGUGUAUGAGAAAUUCUCGGAAGUUGUGGAUUUUGUUCAAUCCAACCUAGAACACGAGUUGCCUUUCGUUCUAACGGCCCCAACCGGGCAUAAAUUCGAACCCACGGACUACGACCAAACUUUGGUCCAGUUGAAGCUUGUUCCCGCCUCAAUUCUGAAUUUCCAGUUUGACGGGGAAAUUGUGGAGAAUAUUGCAUCUGUCGAGAAUCUGACAUAUUUGAAGCCUGAAGUGAUGAUGACAGUUCAGUCGCUUUGAAGACAUUUGAAGUCUAUCGAAUUUGCACUGAUUUCAUUCAUAGCGGUAAGUUAUUGUUGAAUGAAGUUUACCCUAUUGUAUACAUAAGAACGCCUGCAAAUAACGUUGUUUAAUUUUUACACGUCUGUACUGAUCUUUUUUAUCAGGAUAUAUGUUGAAGAUAUAUAAAUUUUAUGGGAUAUGUUAUUUUCUCGAUUAUCUUCAUGUAAUGAAUGUCAAUAAAAUCCUUUCAUCCAA